AUGGCAUCGCCCGCGGUCACACCGCAGAAUCCCGCGCCUAGGCGUCGCGGCCGCCCUCCCGGCACCACGAAUGCUGUUCGUGCUGCCCGCGCGGCCGAGGCGGCGCGCCUCGCUGCUGAGCUCGGGCAGAGCGCGUCGUCGCGGAAGCGGCGCUACGUGCCGGGCGGGCCCGGCGGCGGUGGCCGGUUCGUCGACCCGGACGGCCUUCCCGGCGGCGGCACACCGAGGACGGGGCUGGCACCGCCGUCGUCGCGCCGCCGCGCCGCCGCUAGCCGCGACAUCUCCUACGCUGUGUCGCCCGUGCCGCUGCCGCGUCGCGACCGCAGCGCGCGCACCCGCGCCACGGCCGGCGAAGACUUUGAGGAGAUUGAAUGGGGCUCCUCCGCUGCAGCUGUCGCGGCGUCGGUCAAGCAGGCCGAGGACUACAAGCCCCGCGAGGAGCGCAGCUGGGAGGAGUUUCACCCGAACCUCGACAUUUCGCAGCGCUUUGUCGUCUUCGCCGCCGACGAGGUUGACGGUGUCACCGCGAUGCGCGAGACGCCUAGCACGCCGUCUCGGCAAACGCCCGGCACGCCGCUCAACGGAGCCAUGACCCCGUUGCGACAAGUGAAUCCCGUCUCGACGGGCGACACACCGAUCCCACAGCUUCAAUUCGAUUCUGGCAGCCAACCCGACUCGCAAUCGGCAGCAGGCACGAUGACGCCGUCGAGACGCUCGAGGAGGACGGUGCGCGAGUCCGUCUCAUUCUACGGCGUGCGCGCCACGUCCACGGCUCGCACGCCCCGAACGCCACGAAUACUUCCCAUCUCAAACCAAACGCCGAAGGAGAAGCUGGACCUGAAGCAACCGUCGUUCCGCAAGACCAACCGCAUAGAGCUCUUUGAGAGCAAGACGUUUGGGCAGGCCCGCUACGUCGACAAGGCGAUGAGUAAUGUAGGAUACCAAGAAAGCGAUCAUUUUCCACGGCCGGACGAGACGUUGCUGCGCGCCAUCGAUCUCGGCGCCGAGGACGACGCGGAGCAGUCGUUGGCAUAUCUACCGAGCAAGUCGGAGGAGCACAGCAACGGCGGCCACGCGCCGCACGCGCAGAAGCUGGGCCGCGUCGAGUACGACAUGGACGAGCAGGACGACAUGUGGCUGGAACACUACAAUGCGCAGCGCAAGCAGGCCGAUCUCGAGCCCAUCACACGCGAGGUGUUUGAAAUCACCAUGACCAAGAUCGAAAAGGAGUGGCACGCGCUCGAGCGGCGCAUUCCCAAGCCGAACCCCAAGCCGCCGCAGACGCACCGUCCGCGGUCGAGCUCGGCAGCCGCGGUGAAUGGCGAGAUUCAGAGCGGCGGUGGUGGCGGCGGUGGCGUCAGCGGAGAUGAACCAGAUAGUAAAUGUGUCAUCUGCGACGACGGCGACUGCGAGAACACCAACGCGAUCGUCUUCUGCGACGGGUGCAACCUGGCCGUCCACCAAGAAUGCUACGGGGUGCCAUUCAUCCCCGAGGGCCAGUGGCUCUGUCGAAAGUGCCAGCUGUGCGGGCGCGGCGUGCCUACCUGCAUCUUCUGCCCCAACACGGACGGCGCCUUCAAGCAGACCAACUCAUCGAAAUGGGCACAUCUGCUCUGUGCCAUGUGGAUCCCCGAGAUCUCACUGGGCAACCACACGUUCAUGGAACCGGUCAUGGACGUCGAAAAGGUGCCCAAGACGCGGUGGAAGCUCAACUGCUACAUCUGCCGGCAGAAGAUGGGCGCGUGCAUACAGUGCAGCAACAAGAACUGCUACCAGGCCUUCCACGUCACCUGCGCCCGGCGGUCGAGGCUCUACCUUAAGAUGAAGACGAGCCACGGCGCGCUGGCCGUGCUGGACGGCAGCAUGGUCCUCAAGGCGUUCUGCCACAACCACUGCCCGCCGGACUAUACGAUAGAGAAUAACAUCCACCAAGCCACCCGCGCGGCCAAGAAGUUUUACAAGCGCAACAUGCGCGGCCGCAUAUGGGCGGACAACCAGGCCAUGGCGAAUGUGCUCGCUGCUCAGCAUAGGGUUGCCAUCACGGACCAUUCCGCCAACGACGGCCAGGCACCGGGCAGGAACUCGGCCAUGCUCGGCUACGGCGCCGACGAGCAGACCGGCCAGGGCCAGCCGCCCAAAAACCUGUGGAAGCUGCCCUCUGGUGCGCCCAUCAUUCCCCAAGCCGUGUAUGACGUGGUCGAGGCGUCGAUCCAGCGGUUCCCGUUUCGAAAGCGCAAGGACUUCCUGGGCGAGGCCUGCCGGUACUGGACGCUGAAGCGCGAAGCGCGGCGCGGCGCGGCGCUGCUGAAGCGGCUGCAGCUGCAGAUGGAGGCCUUCUCGUCGAUGGAGUUGACUAGGCGUGACUUUGCGUCGAUGGGCCCCAGCGGGAGGACACGGCUGGCGCGGCGCAUCGAGUUCGCGGAGAACAUCGUCAAGGACCUGGAGCGGCUGAAGGAGCUGUCCGAGGACGUCGUGCGGCGCGAGGAGCUGCGCGUGGAGGCCGUCGAACUGGAGAACGACUUCGUCGACGAGUGCUACUUUCCGGUGGCGAAGAUGCUGGAGCCCGCGAUGGAGAAGGCCAUUUCGCUCGACAAGGAGCUGUUCGAGAAGGGCCUGGAAGGCGUCUCGGCGCGCGUCGAGCGGCGGCACUACACCACCGUGAUGCUGUUCGCCCAGGACCUCUGCGAGGUGAUCAGUAAGGGCAUCCGCACAUCGCCGCCGGACGACGAGAGCAGCAGCGCAUCGGGCUCGCGCUUCGAGGGCGGCGGCGCCAACACGUCGCUGUCAAGGCCGAGCUUCCUCGACAUCCGCGAGCGCCGCAAGCUCGGCAAGCGGAUCCUCAAGAGCGUGCAGCCCUUCCUGGAGGGCGCGCUCAAGGUGGAGGCGGUGAUUGGCAACAAGGCGCCGGAAGCGCUGGUGGCGGAGCUGGAGGCGCUGAUCGAGGCGAGCCUGGACACGUCGAAGCCGGCGGAGGUGACGAGCGAGGACACGGUGAUGGUUGAUGUGCAGGACGCGCCGGAGGAGAUUACGGUGAAGAGCCUGGUGGUCGAGAACGUCGCCGAGUAUGACGGGCCGGAUGCGAUGGACACGGCGGAGGACGAGGUCGUGCACGAUAACCCCGAGGUGGAGUCGUCGGGCCUGGGCAUCGUGGACGCGACGACGCUGGCGGCAGCCAACUCGGACAAGAACCUGAAAGCGGCGGCGACGACGACGCGAGGGGUGGGCUCAUUAUCCUCGGCGACCCCAGACGACGACGGCGGCGGCAGCGGCAACGACUACGCCGCCGCCCUGGACCAGCAGCAUCAAAAGGGCCCCCCCACACCACCGCAGUCCAACGGAAGCCUAGGCGGGCGGCGGGACCACCACCACCAUCCCGCGGAUCCGCUGACCGAUGGCGGCGUCCUGUGGCAUGUCCAGUGCUUCGAGCCGCGGGGCACCUCGGCGCUGCUGGAGAGCGCGGCGGGGGUCGUCGUCGGCGGCUUCGACGCGGCGAGGCUGCUCAGUGAGGACCUGACGGACCUGGACGAGGUCGAGCUCAAGGGUCGGGGGGCCGACAUGGCGCUUGAUGAGGCGGAGGUGGCGGCGGAGCCGGAGAGGAGGACUAGGAGCAGCAGGACGAAGACGGGCACUACUCCGCCGUCGCCGCCGCGGGCGCGCCGCACGUCGGCUAGGCACAGAUCGUGA